GAAUCUUGCCUCAUUCUGGUUGAGAUUUUGAGACGACAGCAUAUUUUACCUGUACUAAUGGUGAACAGAGAUUUUCUCAAGAUUGGGUCGAAAGGCAGUAAAAGCCAGCAUCGCAAGGCCCUAAAUCAUCUUCCAAAGAUGAAAGGCAAAUACAAUGAAGGCGAAAAUAACGAAGAAACCUUCAUAUCGGGCGUGGUUGAAGGAUUCUAUGGUCGACCCUGGACAACAGAACAGAGAAGAUUACUUUUUAGUUGGAUGAAAAAUAUGGGACUAAAUACUUAUAUGUAUGCUCCCAAGGAUGAUUCUAAACACAGGUCAUUUUGGAGAGAUAUGUACUCCGUUGAAGAAGCAGAAAAUCUGACUAAUCUCAUAGAAGCAGCUACAGAAAAUGAUAUAACGUUUGUAUAUGCCAUAUCUCCAGGAUUAGAUAUGACAUUUUCAGGGACCAAAGAUGUCACUUGUUUAAAAAGAAAACUUGAACAGGUUUCAACAUUUGGGUGUCCAGCCUUUGCUUUACUCUUUGAUGAUAUUGAUCCAGAAAUCAGUGAAGCAGACAAAAGUGUCUUUCAGUCAUAUGCAUGUGCUCAAGUUUCAGUUACAAACGAAGUUUAUGAAUAUUUAAAUCAACCUAAGUUCCUCUUUUGUCCAACAGAAUAUUGUGCUAGUAGGGCUGUACCUAAUGUAAAAUCCUCAGAAUACCUGAAUACUAUUGGUGCAAAAUUAUUACCAGGAAUUGAUGUUAUGUGGACAGGAUCUAAAGUAGUUAGUAAGAGGAUUACAAUUCAGUCAUUAGAAGAAAUAGGGUCUGUAUUAAGACGUCCUCCACUUAUAUGGGACAAUAUUCAUGCCAAUGAUUAUGAUCCACGUAGAAUUUUCUUGGGGCCAUACGAUGGUAGAUCACCUGAAAUAAUCCCGUAUCUUAGAGGGGUUAUGACCAAUCCUAACUGUGAAUUUGAAUCUAAUUAUGUUGCCUGUCAUACUCUGGCUCAGUGGUGUUUGUCAAAUGUUGAUGGUGUAAAGAAAGACAUCAUUCCUGAAGACCGGCUCAGUCCUAUUGCCGCAGACAUUAAACUAGAGACAGAAAGUGAUUUUGGAUCUGAUGAGGACAUUCCCUGUCGAUUAGAUGCCAGAUACCAACCACAUAGAGCCUUGAAAACGGCAAUCAAUGAUUGGUUAAUGGAAUUUUCUUCUACACGAACACCCCCUAAAAAACCUGUUGUAGCUGCUUCUAUACCCUUAUCUGUCAAUACUUGUGUUGCCAGUACACCUACAUCAUGUUCAUUUCCCGAAACUAGUGAAAACGGUUUACCUGUUACAGCUCUAUCAAUGCCUGAUAGUGGUAAUAUGAUGAUAGAUAAUCAAUCUUAUUUACAGCCUGCCACAAUGAAUGUUGUCAAUAGUUUAAUUGAUGAAGACUUGUCAGAUGUUUCCAAUUCAACAGAGUCUUUACCAGAUCUAGAACCCAUGGAUUGUAUUCCUCCCUCUAAUACAUCUUCUGCUAAUAAUACUGAAUUAACCAAAAACUCUUCGGCCGAUAGCUUAAUGCAGGUUGAGAUAUCUAGUGAAAAGAAAUCUGACACAGUAGAAGGUUUAUCAUAUGAUGAUGUUAGUUUGUUGGUAGAUUUAUUUUAUAUGCCAUUUGAGUUUGGAUCAACAGCUACAGCUCUACUGCAAGAUUUACAUUGGUUGAGUAAUAAUGCUCAUACUCUUUGUGAAAACCAGAAAGAUGAGAAAAGAGAAUGGUUUGUUGUUGCUAAAAAGUUUAAAGAUACAGUAGACAGAGUUGAAGUUUUGGCCGACAAAAUAAAUGAUAUACCAAACAAAUCAUUGUCCAAAGAACUAUAUCCUUAUUUAUGGGAUGUAAGAGGCAUUCUACAACUCUGUUCGGCCUACGUAGAUUGGAUUGGCCUUGGACAUGUACCCUUUGUUUCAUCAAGUCAUCUACAAAACAGAUAUACAUGGCAAACAAAGAGUUACAGAGAUGCAUAUAGUAGUGGUGACCAGGAACCUUGGGUUUUCCGAGGCGGGUUACAGUCUGAACUACAACGUAUGCUACCAAUUGAUACAGCACAUGAUCUGUUCAUAAUGAAACCACCCGAAGUUGUAUCAACUGUUAAAUAUCAUUACAGACCUUAUUCAAGUUCUGAUGAGAGAUCUGUUUACAAUAUCUGCCUCAAGACCUGUGAUGAUGGUAUGGAUGGAACUGAGGUUUUUCCUGAAAAUCUGGAUUUGAUUGGCGACAGAUAUCUUGGGCAAUUUAUAAAUGUAAGUCCAGAAUAUUGUUUUGUUGUGGAAGAUGAUGAAGGUGUAUGUGGCUAUGCUCUAGCAGCACUAGACAGUAAAACAUUGUAUCAGAAGAGUAAUAUGGAAUGGAAACCAGCAAUGUGUGAUAAAUAUCCUAAACCUAACAAAGAAGAAAUGACACCAGCUGAUGAAGUUAUUCAGAGUUUUCACAGCGAUCCUGCUAGGGUACCUGAAACGAUGUACUCAAUGGCCCCAUCUGUAAUCAGAUUAGAUAUUCUACCUAAUCGCAUCAAUGAUGUGUCUGUGGCUAAAAGACUUUUAGCUUGUGCUCUUUCUGGACUUAAAACCAAUGGUUCUGCUGGUGUGCAUUGUGAAUUAAAUAUAGGUGAUAAAUAUAUGUUGGAUUUUUAUGGAAAACUUGGUUUCUUUCCGUUGGCCGGCCCAGAAAGUGCAUCUGAAGACGUUGUUUAUUUGGGCCGACUAUUAUGAUAGAAAAAGACUUUUCGGAACAGCUUGAAACUUGGUUGUGAUGUUAAAGAAUUUAUUGCUACCAAUUCUCUCUCAUCUGUGAUAUUAUAAGAAAAUCAAGGACACUAUUUGUUAUUCCAUAAAUAUUCUAAGUGUGAUUCUGUAAGACAAAGAGUCACCCUUAAUCAUGAUGAUAUAUUUGCUUGUGUCAAUAUUGUUUUGUUUUGUAAUAGUUAUUUAUUUUGUGUGUUGAAUGAACGAUUAUGAUAAUGUGUUGAAUUUGUGAUGUUUAAAUAAAAAUGUGAUGUAGCUCCAUAAGGAGGAUAAUAUUGUUCAAUGACUUCCUUUACAAUAAAUAUUAAACCUUUUUUGUACAUUUAGGAUUAAGCAUUGAAUCAGAAUUUGAUGCAAGUUUCAAGGCUAUGAAAUAAACAUUAAUGUUUUUGCUGUCAAGUAACAUAAUAAAUAUUCUGUUGUAAGAAAAAAUGUACCGUUUUGAAUAAAUGGAAUUAAAAAUUGAA